AUGCUCCGCCGCGCAGGCCUCUUCGCCUCGACCGCGGCGGUGCUGGAGAAGACGCACGGCGGGCUGCGGGACGCGGACCGCAUUUUUGUUAAUUUGUACGACGACUUCGGCACCGACGUCACCAGCGCGGAGCGGCGCGGCGACUGGUACCGCACGAAGGACCUGCUGCUGAAGGGGCCCGACUGGGUGAUUGCGGAGAUGAAGGCGAGCGGGCUGCGGGGGCGCGGCGGCGCCGGCUUCCCCUCCGGCCUCAAGUGGUCCUUCAUGCCCAAGGUGAAGCCGGACGGGCGCCCCAGCUACCUCGUCGUGAACGGCGACGAGUCGGAGCCGGGGACCUGCAAGGACCGCGAGAUUAUGCGGCACGAGCCACACAAGUUGGUCGAGGGCGCCCUCAUCGCCGGCUUUGCGAUGCGGGCCCGCUACGGCUACAUCUACAUCCGCGGCGAGUUCUACAACGAGUGGCGCAGCGUGGAGCGGGCGAUCCGGGAGGCGUACGCGCGGGGGUACCUCGGCCGCAACGCCUGCGGCAGCGGGUACGACUUCGACCUCUACACCUACCGCGGCGCCGGCGCCUACAUCUGCGGCGAGGAGACGGCGAUGCUGUCGAGCCUCGAGGGCGGCCCCGGGAAGCCGCGGCUGAAGCCGCCGUUCCCGGCCAACGUGGGCCUCUUCGGCUGCCCCACGACGGUGACAAACGUCGAGACGGUCGCCGUCUCCCCGACGAUCCUCCGCCGCGGGCCGCAGUGGUUCGCGUCGUUCGGGCGCAAGAACAACGCCGGCGUGAAGCUCUUCUGCAUCUGCGGCCACGUCAACCGCCCGUGCACGGUGGAGGAGGAGAUGAGCAUCCCGCUGCGCGACCUCCUCGAGCGCCACGCGGGCGGGGUGCGGGGCGGGUGGGACAACCUCCUCGCCGUCAUCCCCGGCGGCUCCUCCUGCCCGCUCAUCCCAAAGAGCGUCUGCGACACCGUCCUCAUGGACUACGACGCGCUGAAGGAGGUGCACACGGGCCUCGGCACGGCCGCGGUGAUCGUCAUGGACAAGUCGACCGACCUCAUCGCGGCCAUCCACCGCCUCUCGCAGUUCUACGCCCGCGAGUCCUGCGGGCAGUGUGCUCCCUGCCGCGAGGGUUCCCCGUGGCUGGAAAAAAUGAUGCGGCGCUUCGUGCUCGGCAACGCCAAGAAGGAGGAGAUCGGCACCAUGCUCGACGUCUCGAAGCAGCUGCAGGGGCGCACGAUUUGUGCGCUGGCGACGGCCGCGGCGUGGCCGGUGCAGGGCCUCGCACGGCACUUCACGCCCAUGCUAGAGGAGCGCAUUGAGCGCUACUGGGAGGCGAACCCGCACUGGGGCAAGGCCGGUUCACCCUGGCGGCGCUGGAAGACGCACCGCUACUACACGAUGCAAAAGGGCGACAAACUCAACUGGGACGGCAAAAUUGUGCGCAACUGGAACUAA